UGUGGGCAAGCGUUUAAGAUCUAUAUACACGGGGGAUGGACCUUUCCACGUUCAAGUGCGCAUGACAGCGACGUAGAGAUCUGCGCCGUGACGCAAACGUAGAGGCUGGAGACACACUGCGAGUGGUUUUCGGGCAGAGUGAAGUGCGCGGCAAAAGAAGGGGACACAAACAAAAACAUGUGGCUGAGGCUGUGAGAAAACAGGCGAGGAGAGCAUCUGAGUUGACCGACAGUGGACAUCAUGGGUUUGCAUUCAGCCCAGAAGAAGCACUUUCCCCUGCGGGGGAUCGAUGGUGUUGUUCAGCUGUUCGAUGCUGAGCUUCGCAAGCCUGAACCUGAUCUAGCCCUUCUUUCCCUGGUCCUGGGUUUUGUCGAGCACUUCCUAGCUGUGAACCGAGUCAUCCCCAUAAAUGUACCAGGGGUCCGGUUUGAACCUCUGGAGCCUGACUGUCCCAACUCCUGCUUCCCCACGGUGGAGCUGGGCAUGAUUUCUGCACUGUAUGAGCGCUUCACGGCUCAGAUCCGCGGGGCCGUGGAUCUGUCCCAGUACCGGAGGACUGGUUCAGGGUCCAGCAGGGAGCUGGUGAAGAAAGUGUCAGAUGUGAUCUGGAACAGUCUAAGUCGUUCUUACUUCAAGGACCGGGCGCACAUCCAGUCCCUCUUCAGUCUCAUCACUGGUACCAAACUGGACAGCUCCGGUGUUGCUUUUGCUGUGGUAGCAGCCUGCCAGGUUCUAGGUCUGAAGGACGUCCACCUGGCACUGUCCGAGGACCACGCCUGGGUGAUUUUUGGCAAAAAUGGCGAGGAGACGGCUGAGGUCACCUGGCACGGAAAGGGCAACGAGGACCGACGAGGACAAACAGUCACUGCAGGAGUCAGUGAGAAGAGUUGGCUCUAUCUGAAGGGCUCCUACAUGAAAUGUGACAGAAACAUGGAGGUCGCCUUCAUGGUUUGUGCCAUCAACCCCUCACUGGACCUUCACACCGACAGCUCUGAACUCCUGCAGCUACAACAGAAACUCCUCUGGCUGCUGUAUGACCGAGACGACCUGGACAGAUAUCCAAUGGCCAUGGGCACUCUGGCAGACCUUGAAGACCAGGAUCCGAUCCCAGGAAAGGAAAACCCUCUGAAAAUCCACCUUAAGGCUGUGAGUUCUGCUCAGAAGCACUACAACAACGAGCACAUCUACCCCUACAUGUACCUGGCUGGUUUCCACUACAGACACAGGAAUGUGCGGGAGGCUCUGCGGGCGUGGGCCAAGGCCGCUCAGGUCAUGCAGGACUAUAACUAUUUCAGAGAGGACGAGGAGAUCUACAAAGAGUUCUUUGACAUUGCAAACGAUGUUAUCCCCACUCUGCUGAAGGAGACAGCUGCUGCUGCAGAGAGUCCGGGGGAGGGAGGAGAGGGAGGAGAAGGAGCUGAUAAAGAGCACCCAAAGCAGGCAGCUGCCCUCUCAGCACUCCAGGACUCAGACUGCUUCGCCCACCUGCUGCGCUUCUAUGACGGCAUCUGCAAAUGGGAGGAGGGCAGUCCGACGCCGGUUCUUCAUGUGGGCUGGGCCACCUACCUGGUCCAGUCUCUGAGCCGCUUUGAAGCUCAGGUGCGUCAGAAGGUGUCCAUCAUCACCAAAGAGCCGGAGUCUCAGGAUGAUGACGACCAGUCCAGCGAUGACCCCCGUGAGGGCCGCAGACGAGGCCCAAGGAGAGAGUCUAAGCUGGACGAGCAGAGCUCUCCUCCUCCACCUGUUGCCCCCACCUCUCCAUCCACCCAGCCAGCAGCAUCAGCAGCACCCGCAGCCCAGCCCAAGAAGGUGGGAGAGGGCCGCCGCCGCUCUUCCCAGGGCUUACGGGGCGGAGAUGCUGAAGGAAAACCUAAGUCACCCAGCCCAGACUCUGCAUCCUCACCCUCAUCACAGCAGCAGGCGUCCCCCUCCCCUGCCGGCCCUGUGGUCGUCUUUCAGAGUGAGAAGAUGAAGGGGAUGAAGGAGCUGCUGUGUGCAGCCAAGGUGAACUCCAGCGCCAUCAAGCUGCAGCUCACGGCCCAGUCGCAGGUCCAGAUGAAGAGGCAGAAAAGCACACCAGCUGGGGAUUACUCCAUGUCGUUCAUGAAGCGGCAGCGCAAGGCGCUCUAGACACGUUGACUGUAGUUGUUGAGACUCUGUAGGACAUACUGUGAACAGUAACACGGACACCCGGUUAACCUCGCUUUUGUGUGUUUUUACCAGUGUUUUCAUCCAGAGGACCCAUUCAGUCAAUAUCCUCAUCGUUCGGAGCAAUAUAUUUGACUUGCACACUUGAGUUAGGCAUCACAUAUCAAGAUUCAUUGAACUGAAGGAGUGAACAUUUCAUUCAGUUUUUAUUUAAUUUAUCCAGAGAAGCAAAGUUUUUCUAGGUGACUCCCUGUUUGAUACAUUGUCAGCACUCACUCGUCUUCAGUUUGUGUAUUAAUUGGCAGCCAAUUGCACACUGACUCUUGACUUCUCUUGAACUUAAUGUGGAUGUUUGAAGCCAAAGUAACGAGGAUGACCAGAACACGACUCACAGAUGUGUAAAUAUCAACUUGUACCAUGAACUUGUCCAUGACUGAAGCCUCGGAAGUGAUUAAUUUAGGAUAGUUACUGUGUAACAUUGUCCACUUCUGCUCUAUCGACAGCUUCUUUCUUGCUAGCUCUAUGUUGCCUUACUUUGCCUUUGUUCUUUUCUAAAGUAGGUGGCCUUUAGUGUUGAGAAUAGCUGAACUAGGCCUAUUUCUAAUGAUUAGAGAAGACCAGGAAGACCAUGCACUGUUGAGACGGGGGCCACAUUAGGUGGCCCUGCCACAUCCUAUUUGCUCGAUGGUUUUUGUUCUUGUUUUUGUAUCUGCAAG